AUGGCUACCACAGACCACUGCCUCGUGUGCUUUGAGGCCCUCGAUGCCCACCUCAACCACCGGAAGGCUCUGAAUCUCGAGGAGAUCCAGGAGAAACUGGCCCGUGCCAGCGCUCCCAAAGCUCUCGACGAUCCCACCCUACAGCAUCUUGCAGUCCCCGAUGCCAGCACCUCUUCUUCCUCCUCUUCUACUUCGCUGAGCGCGUCGACGCCUGCGACCAGCACUUCAUCUCUACCCAUUGCUCCAACCUCAGCCCCUCUCUUCGUCACAUGGAACACCAUGGAGGACGGCGAGGCUUCUCUCCGCGGCUGUAUCGGCACCUUUGAAGCUCAGGACCUCUCCGAGGGCAUUGCAGAGUACGCCCUAGUCUCGGCGCUUCAGGACACCCGCUUCUCGCCCAUAAGAAAGACGGAGCUCCCAUCACUUCAGGUUGCGGUGACGCUGCUCACCGACUUUGAGGAGGUCGACGACAUGUUUGACUGGGAGAUUGGUGUCCACGGCAUCCGGCUCUCCUUCUACGAUCGGGGCCGCCGGUACGGAUCCACCUACCUCCCGGACGUGGCCUCGGAGCAGGGCUGGACCAAGGACGAGACUCUCUUCAGCCUUAUCCGUAAGGCGGGCUGGAUGGGUAGCCGGGGGCGCUGGAAGGACCUGGAGCUCAAGGUCACGCGGUACCAGGGCAAGAAGACGACGCUCGAGUAUGCGGACUUUAAGAAGUGGCGGGACAGUCUUGAAGAGUGA